CGCCAACGAGACUUUACACAGAUGUGUUUCAGGCGUGAUCAGUUGAGGCGGCAGGACUCCGUUCGCGCAGCGGGAUCAACUUCUUUCGGAGGAUCUACCGUCUCCUCUUCGGACGCGCCGAGUUCAAUGUAACAGGUAUCGUGAGCGGCGCGGGUCAAGGUGAUCGGGGAGUUACUUUGUGGCAGAAUUGAACACGUUUAGACGGGGUUUUUAAACGCAGAAGAAAAUGCCUGUAGCUUCUCUCCUGCCUUUCACGGCCACUCCGAAUAGGAAGUCCGCCAGCCCGACCUCCUUCAGGCUCACGGAGAAAUUCAUCUUGCUUUUGGUGUUCAGCGCCUUCAUCACCCUGUGUUUCGGGGCUAUCUUCUUCUUGCCGGAUUCCUCAAAGCUGCUCAGCGGAGUUUUCUUCCGCUCGUCGUCGGUGGAGGCAGAGACGCGCGCAGGUACGGUCAGCGACACCAGCACCGGCGCGGGCAAGGAUGAGAAGAUCCUGGCCAAGAUCAAGAAAGACCACGAAAAGGCGCUGAUCGAGGCCAAGGACACCCUACAGAAGCGGCCGGACGAGAUCAAGCGGGACAUCAACAGCGACAAGGCGAAACUUGCGCAGAGCGGACCGGAGAACGGGGCGAAAGCUGACAGCUUGCCGUUCGUGCAGUACGCGCGGCCGCCCGGAUCAACAGGGCGCGAGCCCGCCGAUCCCGACGUUAAAGCGAAAAGAGCCAAGAUUAAAGAGAUGAUGCAGUUUUCUUGGGACAAUUACAAGCGCUACGCCUGGGGCUCCAACGAACUGCGUCCCGUCUCUAAGCAGGGCCACUCCAGCAAUUUGUUUGGAAGUCUCAAAGGAGCCACCAUUGUGGAUGCGCUGGACACGCUCUACAUUAUGGAGAUGUAUGACGAGUUUGAGGCUGCUACCGAGUGGGUGGAAAGGAACCUAGACUUUAACAUGAAUGCCGAAAUCUCCGUCUUUGAAGUGAACAUCCGUUUUGUUGGAGGCCUGCUGUCCGCCUAUUAUCUCUCAGGCAAAGAGGUGUUCAGGAGAAAAGCUGUUGAACUAGGAGAGAAGCUGCUGCCUGCUUUCAAGACCCCGACCGGCAUCCCCUGGGCUCUUCUCAACCUAAAGAGUGGGAUUGGCAGAAACUGGCCAUGGGCGUCAGGCGGAAGCAGUAUUCUCGCCGAAUACGGGACGCUGCAUUUGGAGUUCAUGCAUCUGAGCGAGCUUUCCAGGAGACCAGUUUUCGCAGAGAAGGUAAUGAACAUCAGAAAAGUGCUGAAUCGACUGGACAAACCUCAAGGGUUGUACCCGAAUUACCUGAACCCUAACAGUGGACAGUGGGGCCAGCAUCACGUCUCGGUUGGAGGCUUGGGGGACAGCUUCUACGAGUACCUGCUGAAGGCCUGGCUCAUGUCAGACAAAACUGACGAAGAGGGAAAGAAGCUUUACUACGACGCCCUGCAGGCGAUUGAGAAGAAUUUGAUCCGUAAAUCAAGCGGAGGGUUGACGUAUAUCGCUGAAUGGAAGGGCGGACUCCUGGAGCAUAAGAUGGGUCACCUGACCUGCUUCGCCGGUGGUAUGAUCGCUUUAGGGGCGGACGGAGGCCCCGAUGAUAAGACGGGUCACCAGAUGGAGCUGGCGGCUGAGAUCGCCCGCACAUGUCACGAGUCUUACGCCCGAACAAGUAUGAAGCUGGGUCCCGAGGCCUUCCGUUUCGACGGCGGCGUAGAAGCCAUCGCCACGCGACAAAACGAGAAGUACUUCAUCCUGAGGCCGGAGGUCAUCGAGACCUACAUGUACAUGUGGAGGUUCACCCACGACCCCAAAUACAGACAGUGGGGCUGGGAGGCGGUGCAGGCUCUGGAGAAGUACUGCAGGGUGGAAGGAGGUUACAGCGGAGUGAGAGACGUCUAUGCUAACACUCCCAACCAUGAUGACGUGCAACAGAGCUUCUACCUGGCUGAAACGCUCAAGUAUCUGUAUCUUUUGUUUUCCGACGAUGACCAUUUGCCCUUCGAACACUGGGUGUUCAACACGGAGGCCCAUCCUCUUCCCGUCAUUAAGAAACAGAACCUAGAAAUAGAGAACCAUCUCAAGUAAUCUUCAUCCAACCCCAAAGCGCCGCAGAGACGCAACUUCCUGGACCUGCUUUAACGGUGGACAAGAGCUAUGGACGCGAAACCCCUGUGGCUGUAGAGUUCCUGUCCUCCAGGACUUUAUCUGGAGCUUGGUGUUUCUCCACAGCCACCUCUCCUCUUCCGUCUCUCUUCUCGGGAUCCCGCAUGCUGCCCCGUCCCCCUCUCUCUCUGUCCUCGAAGCUAUGGACACGUCUCUGAGCCUCAGAGACGCAGAAGGACCAUAUUUCCUCUGUGAGGAGACCGGACCAGACCAUUUUCCAUCGUACUUGUCCUCUCACCCAUGUUAUGAAGCCAUAGGUAAUUCGAAUUGCAUCGACGUCCUUCUGUUUUUUGCAUCGUGUGCGUUUACAGGAGCGAAGAUGAGAGAGAUCCACUGAACUUCGCUGUAUCUUGCUGUCUAUUUUUAUUGUAAUUUUUGGGAUGAGGUUUGGUUCGGUUUUUUGAGGCUUUAUUCGACAGCAAGGUAGUGAAACCAAGUCAACUAGUGCCUUUUAGUCUUAUCGAUCAUAUUAAUCAACUUUUAAUAGCAACACUAUAUUUAUUUUCGCUGUGAAGGUAUCUUCCUACCGGCCUACAGCCCUCUUACCCUCAUUAUGGAUGUAAGAAUCAGUCGUUUAUCGUUCAUUCCUCUACAUUUGUGAGCUUAUUUGUUCAUAAAAUGUGUACAAAAUGUGUUUUGAUUGUUUACUUAAUCAACGGAAGCAGAGACUUUUUAUCUUAGACGUGUAAAAUAGAGUACUUUGUGUUAAUUUAUUACUCAAGAUAUGGGGUUUGUUUCUUUUUUUCAGUGAGGAGGGGACUAUGGAAACUGUGGGGCCCCUAAAGGAGAUGAUAGGAAAAAAUAUAUGACCAGAGGGAAAAAUUACAUUUCAAUGUUUUUUUUCGAUUCGUUGCAAAACUAUUGCGUUUUCCCAAGAAGCUUUGGGUUCACUCAUGAACACUGAAAUACUGUAGUCUUUUCUUUAUCUCUUUUUUUUUGUUGUUGUUAUUUUAAAUUGCGCAGAAAUUCAGAAACCCCAAAAUUUUCUUCGGCAAACGUUUUGCGAGCAAGGAAAAAAAUUCUUUUGUGGAACGCAAGCAAGUUUCCUUGUCGGCAAGAAACAUUUCUUGGGAAUGCAAAAAAGGAAAUCGUGAAAGGAAAAGAUUUUAUGAGCAAAAUUUAGUGAUUUUUGUGAGCGACGUCAAAAGAUUCUCUGCGGAAUGCAGAAGGUUCGCGAGAGAACACAAAAGUUUGUGGGAAAAAAAAACGUUUUUGUGAAUGAAUGUAGAGUUAUUCUGCGCUACGCAAAACUUCUUUAUUUUCGAGCAAUUGCAAAAGUUUUGCUAACAGGCGCAAAAGUUAUUUUCACAGACGAACACGUAAUUUUUACAAAAAUUUCUGUGGAAAUACAAAGUUCUGUGAAUUGCCAGUGUUUCCAACUGCUGAGUUUCUUAAAAGUAACACAUUUUUUACAUUUUUCUGAUCGAACCCAAAGGUUUUUUUUGAGGGAAUGCAAAGGUUUUGUACACAUAAGCAUUGAAAUCAAUUUUUUUUCUCCCGUCUAAUCACCAUGUCCCUUUAGGAGCCCUGCAGUAAACUGCGUCGAAGCUGCUUGAGUCCAUAGGAAAAGUGUUUUAUUAGGACAACGCGGGCAGCAUCGGUCGAAAAGGGGAGUGAAUAUAUUUGUAUGAAUGUACCACCAAAUGUGAAUUGAACAUACUUUGGCCUAGUUGUUGUGAUUUAUCAUUUACCUGUUUGUUUGUUCGUUUGUUCCUUUGAUUUAUCAUGAAAGCACAAAGUUCAGAAUCAGUAUAUUUGGGUUCUCCGUGAAGAAAAGGAUGGGAAUUUUACUGUAGGGCCACGUGACGGCACAAGUGAGGAAUUUCGAUUAAAAAAUAGCAAAACGAUGAAUGCAAAGCAGUCCAUGGCACUGGAAACAACACACACACACACACACACACAUGAAUCACAUACACUACAUCUAUUACACAUUACAUAGCCACACUGGCUUUGAGAAAUGGACCGAUUCCCAUCUUAUUAGUAUGUGUUGGGAAUUUGAGGAGUGCAAGCGUCUACAUUUAGACAGUGUUCCCAAAACUACGCCAAACGACACCACCCUGCUUAACUGGCACGUCGUGGCGGUUUUAACCUACGUAUUAUACUAGUGGAUUUAUGUGGAAACAAAUACCUCGCAGAGAUUCCUCUCUUGAGGCCAGCGACUGCAACGCUUGACGUGCUAACGAACAGCGUACUGUCAGAGUUAGGAGCCGCGAUGUACACGAAAGUACCGCCAUCUUAAGGGAGGCCCGUCAUGAAACACUGUGACACUGUAGAUAAGACAUCGCGCUCACUGUAUUCACGAUACUGCGAAUCUAAUCGAUGUUUAGCACUGCCGCGGCUAGCGACUGGUCCUGUCUCUUUAGCGAAAGCGAUUCCUCGAGCAGCGGUCCUCGGCUGGCUUUCGGGGGGAAAAGACGUUUCCUCGCGUCCGGUGGCGGUGCGCAGAACAGGAGAACGUGCUUUUCAGAUUAAGGAUUUGUCGUUUAAAUAUUGUGUUGAUGAUCUUGCAUAGAAAAUGCCUUUUUUGUUUGUGAUUCUCGUUGUUUAUUUCUUCAUGAGACAACCUCAAAAAUGUAACUGUACAAUAUUGCUGAUAAUCAUUCCAUUGCACAUAGUCUGAUUUGUUUUUGGUUUUUUUCUUUAAUAUAUAUGCAAUUAAUUUUGUGGGAAAGUGUUUGGUUUUGUUUUUUUUUCUUUUAAUUUUUUUUUUUAAUUGUAUGUAUCUCAUUCUGGCAAACUGCCAGCCGUCAUUUAUAUAAAUCUUACGAUCUUAUGUAAUAAAUUAUAUUAAAGAGCAGCAAAGGUUUUUGAUAAACUAUAUUUGUUACACUUAAAUUGUGAAUAAAACAAUCUUUUAAUAUAA